CUUCCAAUUCAAGCAUUUUUAAUCCUUUUGGAAAAAGCAAGUAAUCUCUCUUUCAAUGGCGUCUCUGGCCCCAAGUACACAAUGCCGCUUUCUUUUUAAAAAACCAAACCCUAGUAUCCUUCCAUCACCCAAUUUCUCCUCCAGUGUUAUCCGGAAGGACUCCCCAUAUUCCAAAUUUCAGCUUCUUAAAUUUACCGGCAUGGUUACCAGGAACGUUGUGGUAUCGGCGGUGACGUCCGAGAAGCCAUGGAAGAGGUACCCUGAAGGAGAGACCAAAGGAUUUGUGGAGGAGAUGAGGUUCGUGGCUAUGAAAUUGCACACGAGACAGCAAGCAUUGGAAGGAGAAAUGGAAGCGAAAGCGCCAGAGGAACAGCCCGUAGAGAAUUGGGAACCUACUCUGGAUGGCUACUUGAAGUUCCUUGUGGAUAGCAAGUUGGUUUAUGAUACGCUUGAGGAGAUUAUUGAUAAGGCUUCUUUUCCUAGCUAUGCUGAAUUCAGAAACACUGGAUUGGAGAGGUCUGAAAAGUUGGCGAAGGAUUUAGAGUGGUUCAGAGAGAAAGGGUAUGCAGUUGGAGAACCGUCAGCUCCUGGUAUUACUUAUGCUCAGUAUCUCAAACAAUUAUCUGACAAGGACCCUCAAGCUUUCAUAUGCCAUUUCUACAACGUUUAUUUUGCCAACUCAUCCGGUGGUCGUAUCAUUUCCAAGAAGAUAACCGAGGAGAUCCCGGAGAACAAGGAGUUGGAGUGUUAUAAGUGGGACGGUGACCUUUGCCAGCUGUUACAAAAUGUAAAGGAUAAGCUGAAUAAAGUUGCUGAGAACUGGUCUAGAGAUGACAAGGACCGUUGUUUGGAAGAAACUCAGAAAUCAUUCAAAUUUUACAGGUACAUCCUUCGACUCAUUUUGACCUAACUCCUACCUGCAUUGUUUGUCGCGGACUUCAAAGAUCAAAUACUAGCGCAACCCAAAAUGAACAAGUAUAUCAUGUUAAUCCCGAAUAUACCAUGUCCUUCAAAUACUCGAAUAAAUUUAUAAUUCGUAAUAUCAAUAAAAAACAUCUGCUGAAAAUGCUUUCAUAUUCUC